GUCCGGUGCCUGGAGCCCUGGCACGUCGCUGGGACAACAGGACUGUGGUCAUUCUGGGCGGUCUGGUGAUGGCCAGUGGAUUCCUCUUCAGUUACUUCGCCAUGAAUGUUUAUUUCUUAGUGGUGACCAUAGGGAUAAUAGCAGGUACUGGUGCUGGUUGUUGCUAUCUCCCAUCCGUGUCCAUGGUUGCCAUGUAUUUCACUUCCAAGCGCUCGGUCGCCAUGGGGAUCGCCGCGUCCGGUUUAGGCGCUGGGGCAUUUUUCAUGGCACCGUUCAUAAAUUGGUUGGUAGACUUCUAUGGGUGGCGAGGCUGCAUGCUCAUCUUGUCCGGGAUCUCGCUCAACAUGUGUGUUCUCGGCUCUCUGAUGAGGCCACUAAACAAAGCCCCGAGAUGUCGUAACUGUCGUUGGGAGGUGGACGAGGUGGACCUCAUCUCCGACAACUUCUCCUCCACGGCCUCCAGGAAAAGUGUCACCGUCGGGGAUUGUGGGAGCGUUGCUGACGCAUGUGCAAGCGAGUGUGAGCACGAGAUGUGCAGUGGUGUCGUCGAUGUCAGCGAGAGCGGGGGCGGUGGCUUCAUGGCCGGCUGUAGACGUCCUCGCACCUGCGUGUAUUCAUCGCUUCCAAAGUACGAGAUGGACUCGGGUGUGUCCCCCGUAGCGUAUUUCCCCGCCCACCCAGCCGUAAUCUCGCAGCAUGACGGCAAGCACAGCAGAGGCCAUUCUCCUGAGAGUGGUGUUAAACAUAGCAACGAGCACUCCCGGCACGACAAGCCAGAUUUGAACUCUGAUAAUCUGUCUUGCAACCUUAGUGCUCCGGACGCUGCUUCCGACGUCCCCUUAUUAGGAAUACGUUCUCGCCAGAUGAGUCCUGAAAGUGAGCGGAGGUCGUUUGGUUCCCAACCAGAUCAGUUUUCUCAGAGCAACUCGUCUCACCUAUGCAAUGAUUCCUUUACGUCACCAAAAAAUACUCUUACAUCUCAGUCGAGUCAUGAUACCAAAGGAAAUCAUGCUUUCUUGCAGAACAGAGCAGUAGAAUCUUUGAAGGUGUUGGAAUCAAGAGUACGCAGGGGAAGCAUAGACGCUACAACUUCUUCUAUCAAAUUUGAUUCCAAUAUAUCCAAGCAAAAACCUUACGCAAGCCAAAUGGAGCUGAGGGACAAGAACUCUAUAAUAUUCUCAAGCCCUGGUCCAAAUCCAGAGCCUGCCAUUGUGUCGUCUUUCAAUGACCUUCAGGUAAUGCUGACUGGAAAUAUUGGGAGUUUAAUGUUUCUGGACAAAGCCUUCAGCCCUUCCAUGACGAGUAUGUGUGCCAGUAAACCUUCUGUGCUCGUGGGUUCUCAUCGCAUGGAUCAAGGGUCAGAGGCCAUCUCCGAUGAUGGACUUGAUGGCCCUAAGAACACUUGGUGGCGAAAGUUUAAGGCUCCAAUGCUCACCUACAUUCGCCUGCUCCAGAAUGGGACCUUCUUAGUGUUCAGCAUCAGUAACUUCUUCACAAAUUUGUCCUUCUUUAUGCCUGUGCUCUACAUGGUGGACAGAGCUCAGGACAGUGGGAUCCAGAAAGGAGACGCAGCGAUGUUGGUAUCCGUGUAUGGCGCCGGCAACAUCUUUGGGAAGCUGUUUUUUGGCUGGCUGGCUGACCGAGGCCUGGUGGACCGCCUCUUCUACUACAUCGCCUGCCUCACAGUGUGUGGGGUUUCUACUUCCCUGAGUCCCCUGUGUGGUUCGAAUCACGUGCUACACAGCUCAUACGCGUUUGUCUUUGGAUGUUUUAUAGGUGCUUAUGUCACUUUAGUUCCUAUCGUGACCGUAGAUCUCAUGGGGCUCUCAGUGGUCGGAGAGUCGUUUGGACUUCUGCUCUGCUUCAUGGGUGUAGCCACAGCUUUCGGGAGCCCAGUCGCUGGCUGGAUCUUUGAUGCCACCGGGAGCUACACCAUCUCCUUCAUUCUGCACGGACUGUUCAUCGUGUUCAGCGCUCUCAUGUUGUUGCCACUGCUGGUGAUGAAGCGGAGGCAGAGAGACGGGGCUGCAGUACCGGUUGUGGAGGUUGAGGAAACAACGUGACAACCCAAGAUGGCCAACCCUACCCCCCCCCUACCCCCCUACACCCCCCCUCAAAACCUAUCCCCCUCCCUCCCACAAAAAAAAUCCCCCGUCAUCAACCAAAAACUAAACUAUAGGCAAGAGAAUGAAAUAUUUUAUGUACAGAGAUUGUUGAGAGAGUGGGAGUGAAAUAGAACAGAAAAAA